AUGUGGAGUCCAAAGCCAAGCUUCAGGUUUGAGAUAGAGAAGUUCAAGGAGAAGGAAGCUGCUAGCAUACUGUCUAAGGUAUUCGUUGCUGGCGGAUACGAAUGGUUUCUCAACGUUUAUCCCAAGGGAUCAGAUCGUCACGCUGAUGAUCACGUAUCUGUGUUCCUGCGAGUUGCAAACCCUAAAUCAUUGCCACUUGGAUGGAAAAGGAAUGUUAAUUUUUACUUCACCGCGUUGAAUCAUUGCAAUAUAGAGUGCUGCAGAUCUGACAUUGCAAAAAACGCAGUGUUUACCGCUGAGAAGCCAGCAUGGGGCAUCGAAAAAACAUUUCCUCUUAGCCAGCUUGAGGAGAAGUGCUUUAUAGAGAAGAAGAGUCUCAUCAUUGAAGUAUACAUUAAUGUGAUUGAAGAUGUAUUAGACAAGGAGACGGUGGAUAUCAACGGUUUUCAGGUUUCUACAUCUCAUGUUGCUUCAGUUAGGAAGAUAUUCGCAGAGCACCCAGACAUGGCAUUUUGUUUCAAACCAAAGAACCAAGUGGUGAAGACAGCGUACAUGAAUGUCCUUCUUGGUGUCAUCAAUAGACUAAACAAGCCUUUACAGAGUCACUCAGAGUCUGAGCUAAUCACCACUCACGGCGAGUUGAGUGAGCUGGAAGAAGUGGGUUUCAAGAUUGACUGGUUGAAGUCAAAGCUUGAGAAUAUUUUCUUGGAAAGGAAGAAAGAUGGUUCUGAUGGUUCCAGGGUCCAACAACUCGAGGAACGUGUGAAACAUCUUGAGAAGAAGAAAAACAAGAUGGCCUCUUUGAAGAGAAAGGUUGAUGAGGUUCUUUUGGAGAGAAAGAAAGCAAAAGCUGAUGAGCCUCGUGUCCAAAAACUUGAGGAACGCGUCAAGAACCUUGAGGUGAUGGAGUCAAGCUUCAAGAUGGACUGUUUGAAGUCGAAGCUUGAGAAUGUUUCCUUGGACAAGAAGAAAGCAGAUGACUCUGAUGGGUAUCUUUCAGUUCAUCCAAAGGGAGUUUAUGGUCGUUGUAAAGAUCACUUGACUUUGUUCCUCAACGUUGCAAACCGUAAAUACUUGCGAACUGGAUGGCAAAGAAGAGCAAAAUAUUAUUUCCUUGUGCUGAAUGAGUCCAAUAAAGAACUCUAUAGAUCACCAAUUGGAAAGGCAAGCAGCUUGUUUUGCGCUUGGAAUCCAUCAUGGGGUUACCGGAUGCCUCCAAGCAAGUUUCAAGAAAAAGGGUAUUUGGAGAAUGAUAAACUCAUCAUUGAAGUCUACAUCAAAGUUGUUGAUGCUUUUGAUGGAGAAGGCGGAGAUAUCAAUGGUUUUCAAGAUUUUGCUACUUAUGUUGCUUCAGUGGAUAAGAUAAUCACAGAGUACGUGAUGAAUACUAUAAGCAAAGCUUGCAACAAGUUGAGUGAGCUUGUGAACGUAGGAGUCAAGCUGGACUGGAUGAAGUCAAAGUUUGAUGAAGUUACCUUCAAGAGGAAGAACGCAUACGGUGUUGAUGAGUCUUUGGUCCAACAACUAGAGGAACGUAUCAAGAAUCUUGAACUAAUGGUAUCAGGCUUCAAGAAGGAAAAUUUGAAGUCAAAGUCUCGUGUCCAAAAACUUGAAGAAAGCGUCAAGAAUCUUGAUCAGAUGGAAUUAGGGUUGAAACUGGACAGUUUGUCCAAGCUUGAGGAGAUUUCCUUGGAGAAGAAGAAAUCACAUGAUGCUGGUGAGUCUCGGGCCCAAAAAAUCGAGGAACGCGUCAAGAAUCUUGAGCUGAUAGAUUUAGGAUUCAAGCUUGAGUGUGUGACUUAUGGGUCUCGGUUCCAACAACUUGAGGAAAGCUUUAAGAACGUUGAGCUGAUGGUGUCGUGUCUUGAAAUUGAACUAGACAAGAAGAAGGACAAAUCAACUGCUGAAGGAUUUUUUUUCUUGAAAAAUUCUUCUUUGCGAGAAAUAAUCAAAUCUACCAGAUUUUCAAUGUCCAAUAUGUGGGAUAGUUUCAGGUUUGAGAUAGAUAACUUCUCGGACAAGGAAGAGUUCAUAGUGUCUGAGAACUUCAAGGCUGACGGAUGCGAAUGGUAUCUUGCAGUUCUCCCCAAGGGAGACAAUAAUGAUCAGUUGUGUUUGUUCCUCUACGUUGCAAAUCGUGAAUCCUUGCGAACUGGUUGGAAGAGAAGUGCUAAAUAUUACUUCCUUGUGCUUAAUGAGUCCAACAAAGAACUCUACAAAUCACCAAUAUUGGGAAAGGAAAACCAAUUGUUUUGCGCUGAGAAUCCAGCGUGGGGUUGCCGAAAGACCUUGCCUCUAAGCAAGUUUCAGGAAAAAGGGUUUUUGGAGAAUGAUAAACUCAUCAUUGAAGUCUACAUCAAAGUUGCUGAAGCUUCUGAUGGAGAAGGCGGGGAUAUCAAUGCUUUCCAAGCUUUAUUUUCUCAUGUUGCUUCAGUGAAAAAGACAUUCGCAGAGCACGUGGCGAAGAAAGAAUACAAGAAUAAACUAAGCAACGCUUGCAACAAGUUGAGGGAGACUGCGGAAGUAGGAGUCAAGCUGGACUGGUUGAAGUCAAAGUUUGAUGAAGUUUCCUCCAAGAGGAAGAAGGCAGACGGUUUGGUGCAACAACUCGAGGAACGCAUCAAGAAACUUGAACCAAAGGUAUCAGGAUUCAAGAAGGAUUGUUUGAAGUUAAAGUCCAAGUGGAAGAAAUCACAUGCUGCUGAUGAGUGUCGUUUCCAAAAACUUGAAGAAAGCGUUAAGAAUCUUGAGCUGAUGGAAUUAGGGUUGAAACUGAACAGUUUAAAGACGCAGCUUGAUUUGGUUUCCUUGAUGAGUAAGAGAUAUCAUGAUGAUUCUGAGUCUCGGGCCCAACUACUCGGGAGACGUGUCGAGAACAUUGAGGUAAUGAAAACAGACUCUAAACUGGAGAGUUUGAAGUUGAAGCUUGAGGAGAUUGCCUUGGAGAGUAAGAAAGAUUAUGAUGCUGGUGCGUCUUGGGUCCAACAACUCCAGGAACGCAUCAAGAAUCUUGAGCUGAUGGAUAUAGGGGACAAGCUGGACUUUGUGAGUACAAAGCUUGAUUAUGCUGUUGAGACUCGAGUCCAACUCAAGGAAUAUGUCAUGGACUUGUCAAGCGAAGUGGAACUCAAGAUGGAAUGUUUGGAUACAAAGAUUGAUGAAGUGUCCUCAGAGAGGAAGACAUCUGAUGAUGCUCGGUGCCAACAACUUGAGGAAAGAUUCAAUAACAUUGAGCUGAUGAUGUCGUGUCUCAAAGUUGAAGUAGACAAGAAGAAGGACAAAUCUACUGCUGAAGGAUUUUUGUUGGUCGACUAG